CUGUUCGUGCUCUGCGGCUCGUGGUGCGACCCGGCGAACCGGAGGGACAAGGUGGUGCGAAAGGUGUUCGAGCUGAACCUCACCUCCACACCGCUGCUCCAGUGGACCGAGGCCUCGGCCCACCCGGACGCGCCCAUGGAUUCCAACGCGGUGUUCGCCGCCGGCCAGGACAGGAUCUACGCCGUGGAGAUGUUCAGGAUCUUCGGCAAGGUCCUCGACUUCGCGACGGCGUGCCGGGUCUCCGGCGGCGAGCAGAGCUGGAGCCGCAUCGGCCGGGAGAACGCGGCCGCCGAGGCCGACGCCAUGUCCUGCCGGCUGAAGUCAAUGGCCAUGCUGCUCCUCUGAAGAUCGCCGGUGUCUACUCCGUUUUUCUUUUCCACUUACACUGAUGAUGAUUUGUUUGUUUCUUCCACGAGCUGGUUGAUGUGCAGCUCGGUACAGCCAUUCCAUUGCCAGAUUGCCUGCAGCAAUUGCUGUGAUUGUUCAUGCUGAGUUUGUUCAACAUGUUUUAUAAAAGAUGAUUAUACUACAAUCUUAUUAUGAUA